AUGGCCUAUGAGACAGAGGAUCAUGAGAUUCAGUACUGCUUUCCUGCCAUCAACUCAUCAUGUAUCAAGGGAAAACACUCCAGUCAUGAAUACAAUAUCAUGUAUAUGUUUUUUUCAUUGCUGUCAGUGUGGACUGUGUUUCUGAACCUGCUGGUGAUCAUCUCCAUCUCUCACUUCAAGAAGCUUCACACUCCAACCAACCUUAUCAUUCUCUCUCUGGCUGUGGCUGACAUGCUUGUUGGACUUGUGAUGCCCUUAGAGGCCUUGAGGCUUAUUGAGAUGUGUUGGUACUUUGGAGAUACCUUCUGCGGACUUUAUUUAAUAUUUAUUGCAGUGCUUUUCUCAGCAUCUCUUAGUAAUUUAAUUUUAAUUGCUGUUGAUCGUUAUGUGGCACUGUGUCACCCUUUACUGUACCAACAAAAAAUAACUACAACUAAAACUUUGAUUAUCAUAUGCAUCUGCUGGAUGUGGUCUUCAGCAUACAAUGUUUCAUUCAUAACAGAUAACAGAAAUUUUUAUCCAUCAAGCAGAACACAUGGGUGUUAUGGAGAGUGUCCCUUUAUGGCUAACUCUGCCUGGAGUAUGGCUGAUUUGUUAUUGUCUUUCCUGCUUCCUUGUACUGUGAUUAUAAUUUUAUAUCUGAAGAUAUUUUAUGUUGUACAUCAGCAAGUGAAAGUCAUAAACUCUCUGAUGAAGAGUGGUAAAUGUAUAAAGGAAGGUUCAGCGAGGAGGAAAUCUGAGAGUAAAGCUGCCCUGACAUUAGGAAUCAUUGUGAGUGUUUAUCUGCUUUGCUAUAUUCCGUACUACAUCUUAUCUCUAGCAUUGAAUACAGUAAUUUCUUUCAAAAUUGUAAGAUUUCUAAUAUGGAUUGUGUAUAUUAACUCAGGCCUGAAUCCUCUGGUCUAUGCUUUAUUUUACCGUUGGUUUAAAGUGUCAGUUAAACACAUCUUAACUCUUAAAAUAUUGAAGACAGCAUCCUCUCUUAUUGACAUUUUUACAGAUUAUAAUCAGAGUUUAUAA